GCAGCGAACAACUUGACCAGUGCCAACAUGUUCUGAGGUACAAAAACGAGCAGUUUGGUUGUGCAAUUUGAUUGCGAAAGGUCGUGGAUAUCUAAGAUGGAUUUGGUCUAUAAAUACGUUUACUUUUAUUGUCUUUUCUUUUGCAGUUCACGGUCUUUCUUUAAUCGGAGGAAUUGACUUGAGAUCUGUGCAUCUGGACGCGUAUUCUGUAUGGAAUUGCGUUCAGAGGAAGACGGAGCACCUUUUGGACGCGUCGUUUUCUCUUUACUGAGCACAAUUUUUUUUGUGUUUCUGUAAUGUGCCUCAGUUUUUUCUCUUCGUUAACCCUAGACUAUCUCAUCGGUGCACAGGAAAUACAAUGGUACUAUUCUCUGUAUGGAGCAUUUUGUCGUGUCUUGUUACAUCACUUUCCAUGGAACUGUUGUCCCGUUUAUGGGAUCGCGUGCACGUUUGAGUUAGUCUACUUUCUCUAAGCGUGUUCGUGAGACUGUACUGGUUAGAGCAGCUUUACUUAUUUUGUCCAUUGCUUUUUUUAGCAGAAAAAUGGCAAUUGACUGUAUAGUUGCUCGGUUUCGUUAGAUCGUUCACACCAAGUACUCGCGAGUGUAGCUUUCCUUGUGUAAGAACGAGUCAGGGCAGCGAAAAGCUGCGAUCCUGAUUGUACCGUUCAUGGCAUGAACGGAUGCAGGACGUUCUCCUUUUGUGCUGCAUCAUAGUAUUGCUUGCCCAAGUAGACGAGCAAGCUGUGUGAAAAACUGGGGCGUUUAAGCACCUGGAGAAUACGCUCGCGUACCUUGUUCUCUACAGAUCGCAAUGUGUUCUUGGCAGGUCAGUGUGCCCUUGACUGCAUCUGCGCCAUGCAGGGAAUUGUCCAGAAAUGUUUCUCUUUUGUGCCUUGCGUUUAAGGGAGGUCGCCGGCGCCUUCUUGCGUUUCAAGACUAAGCACUGAACUUACGGUUGAGCUGUUUGUGUUUUCGAGUGCAACUUGCCCGUUGGCAUCUUCCUUAAAUGGCCGAGUAUCCUUAGUGUGCCAGCUUUUCGUUGGUUACGCGUUGGGAGUUGAAUCAUCCCUCAAGUUUUUUACUCGAGGCAUCGGUUUUUUGGCCGGUACUUUGACCGUGCCUGUUUUGUUUGUCCGUUGCUUGCAACGGUAAACACGGGAUUGAAUCAAAAACCGGUAUGUUGACCCAAGGAGCCCUCCAACAAAGGCAGUAUGGUUUAUGCUAUGUAUAGAUCCAACCGCUCAAGAUUGAACCGGCGUUCAUCAAAUGCGGUGUUUUAAACAUCGCACGACUAGAUGCUUUCAUCAUUGUGUAAGAACGAUGUUAGCAAUUUCAGUGAGUGCCGAUGAACGAGUGUUUGUGAAGGGGAUCUGCGGAUCAAAGUAUGUUUACUUGUCUUUUCGCACACCUGUGUUGUCGCGCUUAACUGGGUGCUUGAAAGCAUUUACACGUUGCACAACUAAGCGUGCAUCCUCUUUUUGUGCGGCAGCAGGGCAUGAGUUUAUGAGAGUUUUUUUUCUUUUUUUUUUUCUCUUUUUUUGCAUAAAGAUAAGUUUAUUUCUCAUAAACUGUCUAAACAAUUACUAACAUUACAAUAGAGUCGUGCUCGUUCAUCUUUAUAAGCAAACGUCAAUUCUGCUCUCGAGUGUUAUUCCCUCACAAGUCAUGCUCUUCGUUUUAAUAAUUACAAAAGGUAGCCAUUUAUUACUCGUAGAAAAGAGCUUUAUAAACUAUAACAAAUAAUAAUAGCAAGCAUAGUUAGAAUUUUUUUUAAGAUUGUUAAUAUCGAGAGCUUUGUUGUAUUCAUCCAA